AUGAGUGAACAGCGAGAUACAUUGGUGAAAGAAUCAAUUGCUAAAAUAGAUUCAAUUAAUAAGUGGCAUCCAAGUAAAACCUUCAAUUAUUCACUUGAAUCUGGGGGGACUGUCCAAGUGAAAACUUUUAAAACCACCAUGAAUAAUCAAACAUGGUUUGCUAGAACUUCCACGGUACCAAAAGCUUAUCAUGAUUCACUUGCCAAGUACAUUGCGGGAGAUUCUGAAUACGGUAAAACACAUUCUGAUUACGAAAAAGAAUACAUUCAUGAAAUUACCUCGGUUCAAUGUACUUCCUUGAAGCAAUAUUCCGACGGCUGGAAUUAUCAAGUUAAAGCAGAGUAUGAUUUUGGAGCCUUUAUUAAGAAAAGAGUAUUUUAUGAAUUAGUAGAUAUCUAUAAAGGCGACGGGUUCAUUUAUGUAAUAUCACUGGCAGCCAAACCUGGUAGUGAUGAGACAAGUCUGGUUGUUGGAACGUACGACUCGAUAGAAAAGGUAUCAUGGGAAGGUGACAAUUUAAUGUGGACUAUGGCAACAACAUCUAAUCCAGGUGGACUAAUACCUGGUUGGUUAACAAACUUAUCCAUGCCAGGUGCAAUUUCAAAGGAUGUUCCAAGCGUCUUGAAUUGGAUUGGUGGUAAGAAUUAG